UAAACUGAAAACUGCAUCCAUCUGCUCCUCACAGUUUUUUAAUAUCACCAAAAAAGAAGCUCAAAAUGAGCUCCUUUAAGCGUGAUAAGAAGGAAGAAGAAGAGGGUGGGUGUUUUUCAUUCCAGAACUUAGAUAAAACCAUCGUUUUGCAAGAAUCGAGAUAUUUCAACGAGACGCCGGUGAACCCUCGGAAAUGUACACAAAUUCUAACGAAAAUACUAUUCCUGCUCAACCAAGGAGAGACAUUCUCCACUCAGGAAGCUACAGAGGCUUUCUUCGCCAUCACGAAGCUUUUCCAAUCCAAUGAUGUUAUUUUGCGGCGUAUGGUGUAUCUUUGCAUCAAGGAAUUGAGCAAACUGGCUCAGGAUGUGAUUAUAGUUACAUCUUCCUUAACCAAAGACAUGACGGGCAAGGAGGAUCUGUAUAGGGCUGCGGCUAUCCGAGCGCUGUGCAGUGUCACCGAUAGCACCAUGAUUCAAGCUAUUGAAAGAUACAUGAAACAAGCUAUCGUUGAUAGAAACCCCGCGGUCAGCUCUGCGGCUCUGGUGUCGUCUUUGCAUCUAUCAUCUACUUCACCGGAUCUGGUGAAGCGAUGGACGAGCGAGGCACAGGAAGCAUUGAACAGUGAAAAGUCGCUUGUCUCGUACCAUGCACUCGGAAUACUUGUGAAUAUUCGUAGAACUGACAAGCUGUCAACCAUGAAGCUAGUCACACGUCUCACCAAGUCCUCAAUAAAAUCACCAUACACUCUGUGCUUAUUGAUUCGUCUCGCCGCUCAACUAGUUGAAGAUGAUGCUUCGGAGACAUCCCAAGCUUACAUCGAGUUCAUUGAUGGCUGUCUCCGGCACAAAUCAGAAAUGGUGAUAUAUGAAGCUGCUCACGCGAUUGUCAACUUGCGUAAAACAACACGAGAUUUAGCUCCGGCUGUGUCAGUGCUACAGCUGUUCUGUGGUUCCUCCAAAGCGACCUUGAGACUCGCUGGAGCUAGAACCCUCGCCAAACUGACGACUAAACAUCCAGCUGCAGUAUCAGCCUGCACCAUCGACCUGGAAAAUCUGAUCUCCGAUCCAAACAGAUCAGUUGCUACUCUGGCAGUCACGACUCUGCUGGCUACAGGCGCUGAGAGCUCCAUCGAUCGUCUCAUGAAGCAGAUCUCUAGCUUCGUUUCGGAGAUAUCGGACGAGUUUAAAAUUAUCGUAGUCAAGGCUAUCAAACGGCUGUGCCUCAAGUUUCCUAGGAAGCACCAAUCGUUGGCUACAUUUUUGGCCGGCAUGCUCCGCGAUGAAGGUGGCUUAGACUAUAAAGCGGCCAUUGCUGACGCGAUCAUCGCUCUGGUGGAAGAAAACCCCGAUGCCAAAGAGACAGGACUGGCUCAUCUGUGCGAAUUUAUCGAAGAUUGCGAGCACCAAGUCCUGUCGGUUCGGAUUUUGCAUUUACUGGGACGCGAAGGCCCUAAAACUCGCCAUCCCACGAGAUACAUCAGAUUCAUCUACAAUAGGGUCAUCCUGGAGACGGGGCCGGUCAGGGCGGCUGCGGUCUCUGCUGUGGCGCAGUUCGGAGCCCACAUUCCUGAACUCCUGCCAAAUAUAAGAGUUCUGUUAAGUCGCUGUGAAACCGACGAGGAAGAUGAAGUGAGGGAUCGCGCGAUCUUCUUCAACGCGAUCUUCAAUUCGGGCAACGAGAAAUUGAUAAGAGAUUAUAUCACCCACGUACCGAGAGUGAACCCGGUUCUGUUGGAAAAAGCCCUCCAUGAUCAUGCCAAGAACAGGCCGAACGAACCCUUCGACAUCCUGAGCGUCCCGGAGAUGGAAAAACCGAAGAGAGAAGUAGUGGUAGAGAUCGAUGUGAAGCAACCGAAACAGAUAACAAUCGAGGAGAUUUACAGCCAGCAGCUCGCGAAAAUACCGGGCAUCGAGAAAUUGGGGACUAUUUUCAAAACCAAUAAUCCGGUCGAACUCACGGAAGAGGACACAGAGUUCCAAGUCCGUCUGAUUAAACACAUCUACGUUCGCCACGUCGUGCUGCAGUUUGAAUGCACGAGCACUAUCAACUUCCAUGUCUUCGAGAAUGUGACCGUAAAAUUGGAUCUGCCCAACGAGUUCGAAGUGAAGAACAUGGUGCCCAUCAAGUCGUUGGCUUUCAACAGACCCGAGAGCAUUUUUGUAAUCGUGGAAUUCCCCUGCUCGUUUCUGGACAGCAUGAACCCCUUCGGUGCCAUCCUGGAGUUUGUGACACGCGAAUGUCACCCAAUCACUUGUAUGCCAAACCCCGGCCCAGGGUACAUAGACACUUAUCCUAUCGAGGACUUCUACAUCAGCUGCGCCGAUCAAAUACGCACGCGAGUCACCGGCGAUGACUGGGAGCAGACUUGGGAGAGCGCUUUCAAUGUCAUCGAGAUUUCAGAUACUUUCUCUCUCCCUCAGCGAGACGCUGCGGCCGCUGCUAAGUCGGUUUGCGAAUAUCUCGGUCUACCGAAAGGUUCCAUCACCGGGGACACGGUUAAGGAGAUAAGGGGGGCCGGUAUUUUUAGGGGCGGAGCGCCCUUCCUGGUCAGGGCUCGCAUAGCGCCGACGAGCGCUGGAACUGCUACUAUGCUGAUCGCAGCACGAUCUCCGAGAGAAGACGUGGCACAACUACUACUCAAUGCUGUAGGUUAAUUAUUUAUUACAAACAUAUAUACUUUUUCAAACAUCUAAAUGUGACUUCAUAUAUCGUCGUAAUCUCUCUUAAUGUCUCUCAAAACAUAUUUUAUAACCUGUAGGGUUGUUUGUAAUCAACUUUCAAAUUGACAGUAAUUUUUGACAAUUGAAAUGACGUAGAUGAAAAAAAAUAUGCAUUUUAAACAUCAAUACUCUUAAUGAUUGCCUUUUAAGACUAUAUUAUUCGCAUUUAUUAUAGAAAUGUAUUUUUUAAUAUGAUUUUAUUAAAUUAUUUUUAUAUUUCGACGAAAACAAAAGACAUUAAUAUAUUUUUAUUCUGUAAAUUUUAAGUGAUAUAUAAUUUUAAGAUUAGAAUAUUUUUUAAAAAAAAUUGCGUUUAUUUUAUACUAUGUUAAUGUUGAAAUCAUGAAAUGAUGGGUCCCAAAGUAUUUUAAAGUUCCUUUGUUCUGUUUAAGUUAAUGUUUAAGUAUUUAUUGACUAUUUAUCAAUAUAAAUGUGCUAAAGUGUAAUGGUUAUAAACCUUUUAAUAAAAUGAUAUCGGUGUGUAGUCGGA